AUGGAAACGGAUUAUGAUUUGAGGAGCAAGAAGGAAAAAGAAAAGGAGGGAAAUUAUGGGAAAUUGGAAAAACAAAAUUGGGAUAUAGAAGUUAAAAAAAAUGUAAAGAAAAAUAAGGAUGGAAAAAUAUAUGUGGCUACAUGGAAUGUCCGAGGCACUUACACGGAAGGCGCACUUAUUAGACUGACACAAAUUAUGAGCAAUUAUGCGAUAGAUAUUAUGGCUAUCCAAGAAACGAAACAAAAAGAAAAUUUUACCCAAGAAAUAGGAAAUUACAUAUACUUUAACAGUGGAGCAGAUGAUAGGAUAUUUGGAGUUUUUGAAGAAAAAGAAGAAGAAGAAAAAGAAGAAUUUUAUGAGAGAAUUGAAGGAGUCUAUAAUAAAAUUCCAAGAUACGAUGUCAAAAUGGUAAUUGGAGAUUUUAAUGCAAAGAUAGGGAAGGAAGAAAUAUAUAAACCGAUUAUAGGGAGCCAUAGUAAGCAUAAUCAGAGUAAUGAAAAUGGAAAGAAACUUAUAGAGUUUGCAACAGAGAAGGACCUACGGAUAGUAACAACAUUUUUCCAACAUAAGAAUAUACAUAAGGGUACAUGGACUUCACCCAAUGGAAAGACAGUAAACCAAAUAGACCACGUAACGAUAGAAAGUAAACAUAUUAACUACGUAUUAGAUGCAAGAAGUUAUCGAGGGGCAGAUUUGGAUACAGAUCACAUGCUAGUGAAGGCAACGUUAAAAUAUAGAAAGCCGACUAUAGGGCAGAAGAAAGGAAAAGUAAAUAGUAAGUAUGAUGUUGAAAAAUUAAAGGAGAAAGAAAUUGUAAAUGAGUUCCAAAGGAGGAUUAAGAGGGAAAUAACCGGAAGUGAUGUAGAAGAAAAAUGGCAAGAAUUUGAACAAAUUAUGGCGGAUGGUGCACAAAUUUUGAAGAACGAUGAAAAUAAUGUGAAGAGUAAGUCCUGGUUCAAUGAGGAAUGUAAAGAGGCAAUACUUAAGAGGGAGAAAGCGAAAAUGGUAUUCAUAAAAAAUAACACGACGAAUAACAGGGAACACUAUGACAAAUGUAGAAAAGAGGCCAAAGUGGUAUGUAGAAAAAAGAAAAGGGAACACAUAGAAAAAUAA